AUCCUUGCCCCAUGGUGUUAGAGAGUGGUUUUGAGUGUUUGGCAAGUUAAAUUUAGCCUAUUGAUGUAAGCUGCAUUCCAUUCACAACAGACACAGGGACACACUCACAGUUUGGCUUUAGUGUCCGGGAGUGUGAAGAUCAGGGAAGAUCAAACUACCUCCUGGAGGUUGACCCCUGAGUCCGUGUCUCCCCUUCAAGGAUACAGGUGGCACACUAGGGAUCCCAGCACAGCACUACUGCGUUCUGCCAACCUUGCCAAAGCCAAAAUGUCACAAUUCUGUACAAUGCCAACUGGAGAGAGGAAGCAGCGCGCAGCAGCUAUUUGCCGAGAGGUCCAUGGUACCAAUGGUGACGUUAUGGAUCUGGGAAAGAAGCUCAGCACCCCUAAAGACAUUAUGUUGGAGGAGUUGUCAUUACUUUCCAACAGAGGGUCCCGGCUUUUCAAAAUGCGCCAGAGAAGAUCUGAAAAAUAUACAUUUGAAAGUAUCCAAAAUGAAGCAAACACACUGCUGAAUAAUGAUAUUUUAGCUCAGAAUGCUCACACUGUGGAAAUUAAAGUGGACCCACCCGCUGAUGGCAACGCUGCUACACCAGAAAUCACUGUUUCAGACAUGUCUGCAGAGAAUUCAAGCACCACAGCUAUGCAUAAGUCCUACCACUCCCCAUGGGACCAGGCCAUCCUCAUGGACCCCAGCCUCGCAGAAACUCUUAAACUGGAAACUUCAGCACCAGACCCAAAACAAGACCUUCCCGAGUUCAAAAGCUUUAACCGGGUUGCCACUCCUUUUGGGGGCUUUGACAAAGCUCCCAGAGGAAUCACUUUCAAGCUCCCGGAGAUAGACCUGAACCCCCUCAAGUACCCCGAGCUGCAGGAGCCCGGGGUGAAGAGACCCACCUUCAACAGGACGGCCUGUGGGUGGAUAUCUGAGGGCACCCAUCUGAUCCUCCCCACUGUCACCCUGGAGCCAAUCCCAGUCCCAGAGUCUGAUGACCUGUAGGUGGUAUUUCUGUUGGUAACCUGGCAACAGGAAGUGGCUGUAGUAUUUUGGCCCUGCCUGUAAUGACAGCAAAAUGUUAUUUUAGUAGCACAGUCACUAUUCCCUAUCAAUGUGUUGGAUUUCCCCCCCCCCCAAUAGACACCAUGUUUCAUGCAUUUGUUGACUUGUGUGUUUGGUGUGCACUUAAACUGUAUUUAAAGAAAAUCAUGUAAAUAGCUAAAUGAACGGGCUAUACACAACUCAAGAUGUUGAAGGGUUUCCACUCAAAGUGAAAGCAAAACUGUAAAUGUUAUACAUGUUACGAUGACCUGAUGAAUAUGUAAUGUAAAUAAAAAAUGUACCUUAUUUAUUGAUGGUACACAACUGGAACGUGCAGUAAUUUAUAUAAAGUUAUUAUUACUAUUAUUUAAAUCAAUUCAAUAUAUUGUAAAUAAUUAUUUUACCACAAAAUACACAAAAAAUUAUGUUAAUUGUUAUUCAUUUAUCAUGAUACAUAAAGAGCUAAACUUUAUGUUAGAGCAUGCAAAUACCAACUAUACAAAUACAAAGUAUUUAAGUAUUAUAAUACUUCACUUAAAUGAAUCUAAAAAUGUAAUGCAAAACCAAUUCAUAUUUACAGUAGAGAGAGCAGCAGGAACUCUGUUUUGAACCUCGGAUUGAUUUUUGACUGCUGAAAUAUAGUGAACUAUUCUUGAGGAAAUAACAGAGGUAGCUGGGAGGAGGACUGAGAAACCUGGACAAUUUUCUUUUUUGUUGGACUUUGAACUGUGAUGGCAAGGAACUGAUUGAUGAAAAAUACACAGCAUAUUCAUGGACUAAAAAAAACAAACGUUUCCUUUACAAAUACAAGUGAUAACUGUACAACAUGGCUAUGGUCUUGUUUGGAGUGGGAUAACACUUAAUGUAAAAUGUAAAAGUGGCAAUAAUGUGACAAUACUGUAUGCAAAAUACACUGAAUGUUUGCGAGUGAUAUAUUGAAGUUAGAUCACUGUGUUUCUGAAUAACUGGGCUGAAAUCAAGCUGCAUGAUUUUAUUUAUACAGUUUAGGUGUAAUGCUUUUUCAUGUAUAUUAUACAUUAUAAAAACUAACUUCAGUGCACUUCAUUUAAUGCUUUUGAAUGAAACUGAAAAUACAAUUGAAAACAUCUGGGUUGUAUAUACUCAAAUAUUGAAAAUAGAAUAAUUUCCAAAUACUGUCAUGAUCAGAAAUGACGAUUUGUAUAAUUUUAAAUGAAAUAACACGUUAGCUGUGAAUACAAAUAAAUACAAUUCUCACUGAA